UAUGCCGCAAAUGUAGCAUUAUAUGUUUAUAGUAUUAAGCCUUUCUACAUUGAAUUUGGAGAUAUCCGAUCAAUCUGCUAAGGAGAGAGAGAGAGAGAGAUGGGUGACACUGCUGUUGAUUUUUUCCUUGAGACAUUGAAGCAGCUUAUAACAGGCUCCAAGCUCAAUUCCAUCAAAGACGAGAAACAUCAACUCGAAUCUCUUGAGGAGGAGAUAAAGUACCUGAGAGGGUUUCUCAGAGCUACGGAGAAGACACGCAUCGAGUAUUCAAAACUAAUGAAACUGUGUCAAAAAAGAGAUCAAGGAUCUUAUGACUGAGGUGAAGCAGAUUUACGACAAGAAUAUGUAUGACAUUAAUGGAGCAACAGUCAACAAACUCAAACACUCUUCGAUUGGAAGUGGAGUGGUCAAAGAGAAGAGGGUGGUGGGUUUCGAGGAGGAGGUAAAAAGAGUAAUAGAGAAGCUUGAUGAUGGAGGACAGAGCAGACAACUGGAGAUUAUAACAAUCAUCGGUGCAGGUGGAAGCGGCAAAACCACUUUGGCUAGGGAAGUGUAUCAUCAUCGUUUCACCAAAUAUACUUUUCAAAUUCGUGCAUGGGUUGAUGUUUCUCAAGAUUAUAAUAAUACUAUGAAGAGGGAUUUGUUGAUUUGUAUUUUAAAAUUAGCUUUCCCAGAAAACAAUCCAGAUUACGAGAAGAGAAGUGAGGAUAGGUUGGGAGAAGAUGUACACAAAUGCUUGAGGGGUAGGAAAUAUCUCAUAGUCAUGGAUGACAUAUGGGGCAUUGAAGCCUGGAAUGACAUGCAAAAAUCAUUUCCUAGGGAACGCAAGGGGAGUAAAGUGUUGUUCACUAGUCGACUUGUUGUUCAACCUGACAUCAUCGGCUGCGUCCCUCAUUGUUUGGCUCCCUUACCAAAAAGUUUGAGUUGGGAGUUGUUACAAAAGAAGGUAUUUGGGAUGAAAUGCUGCCCGCUGGAGUUGGUGGAAAUUGGUGAGCGCAUUGCAGAAAAAUGUGAAGGAUUACCACUCGCGAUUGUCACAAUAGCUGGCAUUUUGGCAACGAAAGACACGACACCUGAUGUGUGGGAGGAAGUUGUCAAACAUUUAAGUUUGAUCAUUGCCGAAAAUGAGGAGCGUUGCAUGAAAAUACUAGAACUUAGUUACAAUCACCUGCCUCUUUAUUUGAAAGCGUGUUUUAUUUACAUUGGAGCAUUCCCUGAAGAUUAUGAAAUCCCCGUACGCGAGUUAAUAUGGUUCUGGAUCGCGGAGGGAUUUAUUCAGCCAAGUGAUGGGGGGAAAAGCUUAGAGGCCAUAGCAAACGAUUGCUUAAUUGAUCUCAUUGAUAGAAGUCUCGUAAUGAUAGCUAGGAAAAGGUCCUUAGGAGAAAUUAAAGCAUGCCGUAUCCAUGAUCUUCUACGUCAGUUAUGCUUGAAAAAAGCUGAGGAGGAUAAUUUCCUUGUGAAAAUUUACGAGGAUGAUUCUUUUUCACCUUCUGCUACACAUAAUCGUCGCCUCUUCAUUGGCUGCCAGUUCUUUGAUAAGUUUUCCUUAAGGCCUUGUGCUCAGAACCUUCGUUCUUUUCUGUGCCUCUGCUUGAAAAAAAACUGCUCGUGUUAUUCAACUAAACCAAAUAUGUCAUUCUUGGUUGAAAACUUCGAACUUCUCAGGGUGCUGAGUUUUAUCCCUGCUCAAUUCCGAGGAAAAGAAGGAAUAGCACGUCUAGUUCAUUUGAGAUACUUAGCACAUAUGGCCGACAACCGGAUGUUUCCAGCGCCAAUUACUUACCCCUUGAACCUAGAAAUCCUUACCAUCCGAGCUGCGGGGAUGGAUGAUUUCAUUGAGUUGCCUCUCGCUAUAUUUAAGAUGGUUAAGUUGAGGCAUAUUUAUAGUAAACAUGGGGUAUUCGCGUACCAUGUUUCUUCUCAAGGAGUGAGAAUUGGUUCUGAUCAUUCCUCCGGCUCCAAGUUGGAUAGCCUACAGACCUUGCACCAAAUAUGUCCUUGUGACGAUUGCCGAAGUUUCUUGGUAAGGACUCCCAAUCUUAGGAAGCUAGGAGUUCAAGCAGUACUAAAGGAUGGUGUUUUGACGAUCCCCGACCUAGAGUUCUUAAAAUGCCUUGAAACACUCAAAUUUACCAUGGUAGACCAUCGUGGUCCUAUGGCAAGUAUUUUCCGACCGGGGCUGAAGCUUCCUCCGACUGUUACGCGACUAACGUUGAGGCGUUUGAAUUUAAAGUGGGAGGAGCUGUCAAUCCUCCAAACUCUGCCGAACCUUGAGGUUCUCAGAUUAUUAGACUGGGCUUGUAUGGGACCAGUUUGGAACACAAGUGAAGAAGGGUUCUCUCAACUCAAGUACUUGAAGCUUAGGAACCUGGGACCAUUUAAGGAGUGGAAUGCUUCCGAAGAUCAAUUUCCGAGACUUGAGGUCUUAGUGAUCGAAUGUUGCCCAGUCCUAGAGCAGAUCCCGAUUGAUUUUGCUAAUCUAAACGAACUUCGCGAAAUUAACUUAGAAUUGUGCACUAUGUCUGCGGCAAUAUCGGCCUUGGAUAUUCUGGAAGAGCAGAGAAAUAAGAAAGGAGAUGAUGGUUGCCUAGAUCUCUGUGCCACAGCUAUUUUGCUAGGUGAGACGGAAACAAUGGAUCCCAGAUUCAAGCGUGAUGCGGUGAUGCAGUACACCUUGACUAUUGCAUAA